GAACAGGGUGGAAGCCCACGGCCAAAGAUGCUUUCAAAGACAUUUCCAUGUACUUCUCCAAGGAAGAAUGGACAGAGAUGGGAGACUGGGAGAAAAUCCGACACAGGAAUGUGAAAAGGAACUACGAAGCCCUGAUAACUAUAGGUCUCAGAGCCCCUCGACCGGCUUUCAUGUGUCACCGCCGGCAGGCCAUCAAACCACAAGUAGAUGACACUGAGGAUUCGGAUGAAGAAUGGACGCCAAGGCAGCAAGUCAGACCUUCUUGGGUGGCAUUCAGAAUGGAGCAGAGUAAACACCAGAAGGGAAUACCCAGGGCGCCAUUAAGUAACGAAUCUAGUUUGAAGGAAUUAUCAGAAACAGCAAAGUUGCUGAACACAAGUGGCUCAGAGCAGGGCCAGAAACCAGUGUCCCUUCCUGGAGAAGCAAGUACCUCUGGACAUCACUCCCUACGAAAACUGGCACUCAGGAGAAAGGAUGUUGAAGUAAAGAUGUAUAGUCUACGAGAAAGAAAGAGCCUUGCGUACCAGGAGGUCAGCGAGCCCCAGGAUGAUGACUACCUCUAUUGUGAGAAGUGUCAGAACUUCUUCAUUGACAGCUGUGCUGUUCACGGGCCCCCUACAUUUGUAAAGGACAGUGCAGUGGACAAGGGGCAACCCAACCGCUCAGCCCUCACUCUGCCCCCUGGGCUGAGAAUCAGACCAUCAGGCAUCCCUCAGGCUGGGCUUGGAGUAUGGAAUGAGGCAUCUGAUCUGCCAUUGGGGCUACACUUUGGCCCCUAUGAGGGCCAAAUCACAGAAGAUGAAGAGGCAGCCAACAGUGGAUACUCCUGGUUGAUCACCAAAGGAAGAAACUGCUAUGAGUAUGUGGAUGGAAAGGAUAACUCUUGGGCCAACUGGAUGAGGUACGUGAACUGUGCCAGGGAUGAUGAGGAGCAGAAUCUGGUGGCCUUUCAGUAUCGCAGGCAGAUCUUCUACCGAACCUGCCGGGUCAUCAGGCCAGGCUGCGAACUGCUGGUCUGGUACGGGGACGAGUACGGCCAGGAGCUGGGCAUCAAGUGGGGAAGCAAGUGGAAGAGCGAGCUCACAGCAGGGAAAGCAGCCAUCAUCCUCAUUGUGAAGAGAAGGCUCAGAGGAAGGGCUGACAUUGGCGGGAGUCUGAGUCUCCGUGCCCUGGUGGACAGCCAAGAAGUGCUUAGCUGA